AAUGAUAAAUUCAAAACAGUAGCGGCCCGGAGUAGUAAUUAUAAACGGCGCAAUGUUAAACACAUGAAGUGGACAAAUUAAAAGAAGAUUAAAAAUUUCGUUAUAACGUGAGAACAAUAUUUCCUCAUAAAUGCCGGGCCAGAUAAAACUUUGCACAAAACGAAAGCGACUUGUCAGUGUGUCAUCUGCUGUCGUCAACGACAGAGUCAAAUGAGUGUUUAGUGAUUUUGUUUUUUUCCGGGUAUAGAAGAAUUAAAUACGAACGAUGAUUCGAUACAGUCGCAAUUGUCUGUAAACUUGUGGCGAAGCCGUAAAAUAUAGGCUUCUGACUUAUACUCCCCCAAUCAGUUCGAAUAAAUAAAUAUUCAAUUCGAAUGAAAACAAAUCAGUAAAUAUGGCAACGGUCAUGUUCAUCAAUUUGUGACGUAAUAAUGAUAAAUAUACACGAAUUCGAAAAAAGGGUUUUGUGUUAUUAAUUGCUGUUUGCUGCUGAAGUCGCCGAUAUCGAAAAUUUCGAUCAACUUUUAAUUUCGAGUAAUUUCGUUUACAAAACUGCCAUGGAAUGUUCUGAUUUUGACUCAGCAGAUUUCUCAUGCACGAGAAACAUGCCUUUCAUUGAAACGUCUACACUCAAGUAUAUUAAUGACAGUACAUCAGAUAUCGUUUCCUACCCCAGACAACUUGACGCAACUUUUGGCACAUACUUCACGAAUUAUCUUUGCGGAAUAUGCUGUUUCAUAUACGGAUUGCUACUGUACUUACCAACGAUUAGGCUAAAAGUUCUGACAAAAAAAUCCAGGGGGAAAAAAGGAAUACAUCACGAAACUCGUAUUGACAAUGUCGCAAAAAAUCAACUGUGCAAUAUUCGUAAACUGGUGCGAUCAAUUUCAGCUUCUCUUAUAACUUGUGGAUUAAUGAAUGUAUUGUCCGGAUUUGUUCACCAUCACGAACAGUAUGUUAAUCCCGAUUUACCACCAUGUACUGUUGGUUCUGCCAAGGAUCCAAAGCAGAUAAAUGAAACUGAUAUGAACUGUUUGGAUGAAUACGACGCUUUACGUCCAUUUCUCGUGCCGUGGUUUAUGAUCUGGCAGAUGGCUAAUAUCUCGGGCUCAAUAUUCGCUGGUUUCAUGCUUUUCAACGCUUUUCUUACGAUAAUAUGUGAAUCUGCUAAUUUUUCAAAAACUUCAACUACAUUUCGCGUAACAACAAAAUUUCAAAACAAUUUAUAUACUGCAAGCGUAUUUUUUGGUAUUUUCGUCUUGAUCCAAGUGGUUGCACACGUAUGGAAAGCAGCGGAUUAUGCAUUAGGUGAUUUGAACUCGGGCACUGUUUCAAUUUCUACAGAUGGUGGAAGCAUUGUGACUUAUGAUAAAGAUUACCAUAUUGAAAUCAAAUCCGUCGAAGAAAAAUUCAAAGAACUCUGGACUCUGAAUAUUGUUAUAAAAUCCUUAGCGAUCAGUGUAUUGACAUACUGUAUCAUUGUCACAACAUUAUGCAUAUUGCUCUAUAAGAGUCCAGAAUUUGGUAAUGAAACAACUCCAUCGCAUUCUACUCACAUCGCCCGGUGUUCAGCAAAUACCUUCGGACAAGAUUUAUUACAACCCUCAAGAAAUGAAUCAUUAUCGACCCAAUCGUCCAAUAAUGAAGAGCAAACCAUUAACAUUGAUUCAACUAAUCUAUCCACAUCUUUUGAAGUUUUCCAACAUGAUAUCGAGAUGCAUGCGCGCCAAAAUCGGAUUUUGAUACCAUUGUUACGAUGUAUGAGUAUGUGGACAAUCUUUUUUAGUGGAGUAACUCAACUAAUAUUUGCAUCCCGUUGUGGUGUGGACGAUGGAAAAGAUUGCCCGCUCCCUAAAAACUUCAACCACAAUGCAGUUUUUCACACCAUUUUAACUUUGGGGAUGACAUUUUGGUUCUUUACCGAAUAUGUUAACUACCAUCAACAAGCUAAAUUUAUUAGGAAACAAAUAUAUAAAGUUCAAGACAAACACUAAUUUUAGCUUAUUUGUAAUUUAUAUUAAUUUUGUAAAAUAUAUGAAAUCGAAGAAUUGCUGAUUGCUCAUUGCACUAGGU